CUCUAUCAACUCAACACACACUACUCACACUCAAUUUUUAUACCUAUCUCUAUCCCUAUCCCUAACUCGCUCUCUCUCUCUCUCUCUCUCUCUCUCUCCUCCAACUACUUUCUUUCUUCUUCAUCUUCCUUUUUGCUUCUUUCUCUUAUUAUAUAUAUACACACACAAACACAUAUACAUAUACUCAUAUACAACACCAUAUAUAUAUAUAUACAUCCUUCAAUUUCCCUAUUAUUUCCAUUCUCUCUCUCUCUCUCUCUCUCUCUCUAUUAUUAUAUAUGAUUAUUGAAACCAUGGAAUUAGAUGAUCAAAUGAAUAACAACAAUAUUCUCACGAUGAAAGGCAAACGCACCAAACGCCACAGGCAAAUCUCCGGCGCCGCCACCGCCAGUACCUCAUCCUCAUCCUCAUCAACCACCAUUAGUAAUAAUUCUUCAUUCUCCUCAGAUGAAGAAGAACAAGAUAUGGCUAAUUGCCUCAUUCUCCUAGCUCAAGGCCACCACCGCCGACGCCGCCGCCAUAACAACAAAAAUUCAACCAUCACCACCGCUAAUAUGAAAGGAUCAGGAGGAUUAUUGUUUGUUUACGAGUGUAAAACAUGCAAUCGGAGUUUUCCGUCGUUUCAAGCUCUGGGCGGCCACCGUGCCAGUCACAAAAAGCCUAAACUGAUCUCACCGGAAAAAAUCGCGGCGGUGGCCGCCGAUGAUGAUGAUCGAUUGUACGAAUUAGAAGAUGAAGAAGAAGAAGUAAUAGUAGAAGAUGAUCGUCUUCAAGAAAUGUUGGUGUUCAACACCAAAACGACGUCGGUUAACAAGGGUAAUAAGGUGCACGAGUGCUCCAUAUGUGGAUCCGAAUUCAGUUCGGGUCAAGCCUUGGGUGGCCACAUGAGACGCCACAGACCACAUCCCAAUACGACAACUAAAACGACAAUUAAUUCAUCGUCGUUUCUUCAUCCAAAUAAUAAUAAUAAAGCAAUUUUACUGGAUCUCAACCUUCCGGCGCCGGAAGAGGACAGCCACAACCACCGUGAAUCGAAUAAGUUCCAAUUUGUUUCAGCUCAACAACCUAAUAUUGUCUUCUCAACUCCGGCUUUGGUUCAUUGUCAUUACUAGUUAAUACUAAAUAUUACUCCAAAUAAAAAUCUAUAUAUUUUGUGAAUUAUUAUUAUUUUAUAUCAAUUUGAUGAAUUCAAUAUAUAUACUAAGUUUUGUUUA